CCUUCCUCGGGGGCAUCGCUGGGCGCCCAGGAACGCAGGGGAGAGGGAAAUUAAAAUUAUAAUUAUUUUUAUUUUAAAACGACGAUUAUUUUUACAUCGCCUGCGUGCGGUGGGGGGCUCCGUGGCAGGGAGCCGGCGGCUCCCGCAGGAGCUGCCCGGGAGAGGCCGGGCCGGGCCGGGCGGAGGCGGCCCCGGCUCGGGGACGGCCGGCGGCCCCGGCUCGGUGCUCGGCAAGGACCGGGAGCUGCAGGAUGAGAGGGCGAAGGGCAAAACCGGCAAGCCCGGGGCGCUCCCCGUCGCCCCCCGAGCCCCGUGCCCCGCGGCCGGGCGCGGAGCCGCUGGAUCUCCGCGGGCAGGCGCGGGGCUUCACCGCCUUUUCCUUGGCUGCAUGAUUUUUCUCCGGCCUGUUCCUUUGGCCUGUAGUUAUUUCCUGACCUCAAGCUGGACUUUUAAAAUUAGGGGAAAAAAAAAAAAAAAAAGAAAACCACAAAAAACAAGCGGGGAGGAAUUUCUCCCUUCUUCCGACUCCCACCUGAGAACCCUUUCAUCCUCCUCCUCUUCCUCGCGGAGACUCAGCAAAGUAAUUUUGCCAAGGUGUUUCUGAGCACUCACGGCCCGGGAGAACCGGGCUGGAAAGCGCAGGGAGAGAAACCUUCAAGGCAUUUAGGGCCGGAGCUUCACGAUUUGGUGUGGGCGAAACGGAUGGCAGGAAUGGCAUCCAGGUCGGAGAGGGGCUGGAGCUGGUAUCCACCUCCCUCAUUUUAUUUUAUUUCUAAUUUUUUAUGCCUGGGGAAAGCGCUUCCUAAAGACACCGACCGCGAGUAACGCGCCCCGGCCUCUCCUCUGAAUUUGCACCGCGCUGACAAAGAGAAAGUCGGGAAAAGUCCUUGUGCACCGGCACAAGUUUCUUUAGAACUAAAACCCUCCUUGGCUGCUGAGGUUUAUUUCGAUUUGUGCUGCUUAGAGAAGUUGAGGCUUUUUAUUUAUUUAUUUUGAAAAUGUGCAACUCUAGUUUAAAAAAAAAAAAAAAUUAGAAAGAAGUGAGGGGAAAAAAAGCACUUUAAAAAUGCGGCCGGGUGCUGCUGGGCGGCAGGGACGGGUCAGGCGGAGGUGGCUGCCCGCCGAGCCCGGCUCUGCCUCUGCCGCUGCCGGGGAGGGGCCGCGGCCGCGGAGCAGCGCGGAGGUUCGGAGGCGAAGCGCUGGGGACCCCCCGGCAGAGCCGGUGACGGGUCCAUCCCCACCGCCUUUGCACUGGGGCAAAAUUCGCGUGUUGGGAAACAUCACCCCAAGCAGUCCCUCCAGCGCGGAAAAAAAAAAAAAAAAAAAAAAAAAAAAAAGGUUUGAUUAAAAAAAAAUUAAAUAAAUUAGAAUUUUUUAAAUGACAGAAAUUCGUCGGAGCGCGGCGAGGGCAGGGAACGCGGCUCUCGUUUGCAAAACAAAAGGAAACAAAUUCCCUUUUCUACCUUGGCACCUUUCCCCCUGCCCUCCGCGGGAGCCCCUCCGCGCUGCUCCGCGGCCCGGCCGAGCCCCCCCGGCCCCCGCAGCGCGGCCGGGGCAGGGGCGCAGGCUGCGCGCCCGGGCGCGGAUCGCUGCCCCGCAUUAAUCACCGGGGCGAGCGGCGGAGCCGGGGCCGGUGGCUCGUAAUUAGGGAGCGUGUGCCGCGCGGAUUAUCUCGUUAGUUUAUCAAGAAAACAUUUAUUAUAAUUAAUUCUCGGACGGGGUAAUUAUUAUUGAGCGAGGGCAGAGCAACUGGUAGCCGGGAUCUAUGCGGAGCGGGGGGGGAGCAGGAGGAGGGGGAAAGGUGACAGAUUGCGGAGUGGAGCCGUUGCUCCGCGGGCUGCGGGGCGGCCCCGGGAUGCGCGGCCGCGGCCGAGGGGCUCCGCGGGCGGCCGCGCCGGGCUGGCGCCUCGGUGGGAUGCCGCCGAAUUUAACCGAACGGAGCUUCGAGGCACCUGGCGGCCCCCCCACGCCCGACGGCUCCCGCAGGCACCGCCCGGGGCAGGCAGGGCGCUCGGCCGGCUCCCCCUCGCCCGGAUUUCGGCCAACUCUCCUCCCCGCCACAACUUUAGCAUGAUGUCUUAUCUUAAGCAACCACCUUAUGCAGUCAAUGGCCUGAGUCUCACAACCUCGGGCAUGGAUUUGUUGCAUCCGUCCGUCGGUUAUCCCGCCACCCCGCGAAAGCAGCGGCGGGAGCGCACGACCUUCACCCGGGCGCAGCUGGAUGUGCUGGAGGCUCUCUUCGCCAAGACCCGCUACCCCGACAUCUUCAUGCGGGAGGAGGUGGCCCUGAAAAUCAACCUGCCCGAGUCCAGAGUGCAGGUGUGGUUUAAAAACCGCCGAGCCAAGUGCCGGCAGCAGCAGCAGCAGCAGCAGAACGGGGGCCAGAACAAGGUUCGGCCAGCUAAGAAGAAGAAUUCUCCAGCCCGGGAAGUGAGUUCGGAGAGCGGGACCAGCGGGCAGUUCACUCCCCCCUCCAGCACCUCAGUCCCCACCAUUUCCAGCAGCAGUGCCCCCGUGUCCAUCUGGAGCCCGGCGUCCAUCUCCCCGCUCUCAGACCCCCUGUCCACCUCUUCCUCCUGCAUGCAGAGAUCCUAUCCCAUGACCUACACCCAGGCAUCAGGCUACAGCCAAGGAUACGCUGGAUCGACCUCCUAUUUCGGAGGGAUGGACUGUGGAUCUUACUUGACCCCUAUGCACCACCAGCUCCCCGGGCCGGGGGCCACCCUGAGUCCCAUGGGUGCCAACGCGGUCACCAGCCACCUCAACCAGUCUCCAGCCUCCCUCUCCACCCAGGGCUAUGGAGCCUCCAGUUUGGGCUUUAACUCCACCACCGAUUGCUUGGAUUAUAAAGACCAAACCGCCUCCUGGAAGUUAAACUUCAAUGCUGACUGCUUGGAUUAUAAGGACCAGACGUCGUCGUGGAAGUUCCAGGUUUUGUGAAGAACCUUUGUGGUACCGAGAGAAAUCGCGACGAGAACGAACAGGCUGGGCUGAGUGCUCCAGUUUUAGUCAGGUCUUGGUUAAAUUAAAGAGAAAAAUAACUCCAUGGACAAACAAAUGAACAAAAAAAAAAAAAAACUGACAGCAACAAGAGGGGGACAGUGUUGGUGUGAUCCCGUUCAGACUCAUCUCCUGCUCAGACGCUCUGGAAAAGGAAUAAUAAAGAGGAAAAACGGAGGAGGAAGGCCUUAAACGGACAGAUCAUCUAGUGAGCAGAAACCAGACAGACCCAUCUGUGUUCUUUCUAGUUUUAGCCAAUUGUUGGGUUUCUUUGUUUGGAAGAGGUGGGAGAUCUUCCCACCUGCGGGCCAGUUUUAAAAAAAAAAAAAAAAAAAAGAGUCUAGGUUUUUAUUUCUUUUUUUGUGUGUGCGUGGAAAGAUGAUCCUUCACCCAGAGGUUUCCAAUGUGUUAGCCAACCCUCGGUUAAAAUAUUCAGAAUGGACAACAUCUCUCUUUUUCUCCCUCUUUUUGUCCCUCCCUCUUUCUUUCUCUCUCGAGCUCAUCCAACAGUUUCAUGCCCAACUCGCUGAAGUUGGCACCCGGAGAACUUGGUUCAGGGCUGUGUGGGUUGUGUGACUGAUUGUCCUAGCUGCACUACUUUAUUUAAAGAUUAAGAAAAAAAAAAAAGAUAAUGUUCAUAAGGAGUCAAUAUGUAGUUUUUAAGAGACAAUCAGUGUGUGUCUUAUAUAAAUGGUACAUCUGUGGUUUUUAAUCUGUGCUAGACUUCAAAACUGUGAUCUCCUGUAUUGUAUGCAACUCUGAACUCUGCACCAGCAGGAGUUCUGCUGUGAUUUAAAUAGGUUAUAAUUAUAAGUGAAAUUCAGAGCAACUGAGUUACCUAUUAUCAUCUUUUAAAAAAAUAAUUAAAAGUAUAUAUUUAAAAAUAAUAAAAAAGAAAAAAAAGAGAAAAAACGCAAAAAACACGAUCGCCUUUCACCCGAGGUGAACUGCACUGAAACUUUUUACAACAAACUGUCUCUGAAUGAAAGAGGAGAGACCGAAAAUACCCCACCCGAGGACAUUUAACUCCUCUGGAGCUCACUCACUGCUGGCCACGCCGGCAGUAUCCCGUCAAAUCCGACAGGACUUUGGGCAGUUGCUCUGACCUGGAUGAAUUCAAACCAAGAAAUUCAUUGUCGUUUAUGCUUGCAGAUGUUAACUGAAAAAAAAAAGAAAAAAAAAAGAUAUAUAUGCAUAAACCUUUUUUUUUUUUUCCUGGAUUUGGCAGAUAUGUAUAAUUAUAUUAAAAUGGUUCUAGCACA